AUGGAUUCAGAAGACGAUCCAGUCAUCGCCUCAUACGACAUCUUCCUAACAGAUUCUGAAAUCCAACGUCACGUUUUCCAAUAUGUUGACCGCCCUUCCAAGCUACCCUACAACGCGAGCCGAGACCAGAAGCCAAUAGCGCUCCGAAUGAAACUCAACACCGGCAUCGUCGAGGUCGAGGUCCCUAUCAACACUCACGUCAACUACGAUCAUGGCAAGGCUGCUAAAUACGGCGACGCGCUAGACCACAGUCUCGCCACUGGCGGCUUUGGUAUGGGCGGUGGUUUCAACUCCGGUGCCGUGGGUAGCGGCGCUGUGCGAGCAGCCAAGGCAAAGACGGGCGAAACUGCUACGGGAAAGAAACAUCAAGCUUUCGAUGAAAACUCAAAGCUCCAGACGCAAACAUUGGGUGGACGUAUUAAGACACCGGAGGAGGGGGAUCCAGUUCAUAUGCUGGCUACAUUUCAAGGCAAAAACAUGUUUUUAUCUCCAGUUACCGCUGUCGUUCAAUUACAACCCCAGCUGCAUCACAUCGAUGCGUUGGAUGAGAUGCCCCAGCGGAUGGUCCGCGCCAAAGAGGAAAGCGAAUUCGUACCGCGUGUUGUGGAUAUGAAAGUCAGGAAUUCAGAAGACGCAAGUGCAAUGCUGACGGGCAAUCUGGAUCUCCUACAGCGGAUGUCGGAGGAAGUAUGGACGAAAUUUGAUUGGGUAGAUGCAGAGACCGAAGAGGCCUGGUCUGUUUAUGAAGAUUACAUGGUGGAUAAAGCUCCAGAAGAGCUCCCGCAGCUUGAAGCAGCACUUGAUAUCGAAGAUUAUCUGGACGCAAUGAGCGCCCCACGAAUUGAUCCUGUGCGACCGGAUCUGACGGGAUGGGCGAUGAAGCAGAACCGACUGAUCAGACUGAAUCAACUAAAUCAGUCAGAGCAAUAA